AUGGAUAGGCGUGCGCGCGAUUCCAACCCCGCCUUCAACCACCCGGAUCCACGAACCAGCGCUCCCGACUUUUUGCACCACUACCUGAGCAAUCCGCCCUCGCCCUCCUUCCCUAUGAGUCCACCGGAGGACUGGCCUGACCCGCCUGAGGGCCUCGACACCCUCGACCCCGAUAUGGACUCCAUCCAAGAUGACUUUCUUCAUGACGUCGAGGCCCUCUCCAGGAUGGAUGUCCAGUCCCUGACCACCUCGCAGUACGACGCCCUUAUUGAGAGCGAGCUGGAGCGUAAAUGGAUCCUCAAUCUAUCCAUGUACUUCCGGGACAAGUCCAAGAGGGAAAAGUUCUUCGUCACUUUCCGUCAACACGAACACCAUUGGCGACGCGUCACUGUCUCGCUCGACUAUCGAAAUGCUCCAGAGAGCUCCCUCGAAGCUGACCUCGCCGGCACCCAAUACCAGCGGGACAAGAGCGCCAAGAUAUAUGAGGCCAUCCGUGAUAGUCUCGCCGAGAUUGACUUCUAUAACACCGUCACCAACCUGAAACUGGAAACAAAAGAAGGAAGAUUGCAUGUUCACGUCGUCGAGGAUAACAAUGAAAUCAUCAGCUACCCUCCAGUCCGUAUGAUUGAACACAUGAACUGCAGGAGAGUCAAGGAGCGCGAGAUUCACUUUGACUCGCACCUUUCGGGAUUCGUUUACAGGGUCCAAGUCCAUGGCAGGCUACUGAUAAAGAAGGAAAUCCCGGGCCCGGACACGGUCGAUGAAUUUCUCUACGAGAUCAACGCGCUCCACCAGUUGUGUCCCGCCAAGAACGUGAUCGAGUUCUACGGGAUUGUCGUAGACGACAGGGAAGAACACGUCACAGGCCUCCUCAUCAGCUAUGCCUCACGCGGCGCCUUAAUCGAUGUCAUCUUUGACAACGACCAUUCCCUGCCUUGGCCCACACGAGAGAAAUGGGCCCGCCAGAUUGUCGGUGGCUUAUCCGAGAUCCAUGAAGCUGGUUUUGUCCAAGGCGAUUUUACUCUAUCCAACAUUGUCAUCGACGAGAACUACGAUGCGAAAAUUAUCGACAUCAACCGUCGGGGCUGCCCAAUUGGGUGGGAGCCCCCGGAGGCAACGCCCUUGGUCGAAAGUAAUCAACGAAUUUCCAUGUACAUCGGCGUCAAGUCCGAUCUCUAUCAGCUCGGCAUGGUUCUCUGGGCCCUGGCGACACAAGAGGAUGACCCUGAUGCAUAUGACCGUCCUUUGAAACUCGACCCGGAUAUCCAGGUGCCGACGUGGUACAGACGCAUUGUUAGCACUUGCCUCAGCACUGAGCCCAGGGAUCGCGUCCAGGCCAUCCAGCUUUUGUCGUGGUUUCCCGAGCCGGAAGAGGAAAGUCAGUAUGGCGGCGUCAAUGGGUCCGCCAUGUCCAUGAACGGUGACGGCAAUGCCCGGCAUGACUACUUAUCGCCGUCUGGGCUACCCCGAAUCAAGGCCGUUCACCCGCAGAGUGACUGGGCUUUCGUGGGCUGGAGUAACCACCCGGCCGACGAGCCUUUUUACUAUCCGAGCAGGGGCAGAUCUCCGCCGUCGCCGAUGCCGAGCAACCAAGGAGACUAUGACCCUGGACGAUUUGGACACCCAAUGUACACUUGGUCGGACAGUUACAACCGUGCGCCCACCGUGCCGUCUGUCAGCGACGUCCUCGCCAGGGAGGCUCGGGUGAAAUCGAUGUCGGGCCCGCAAGGUAGCGAGGAGACGUUGGAGACGUAUGCGGACGGGCCUUACCGCUUCCGGGGUGCCGCGACCGAGACGAGCAAGGAUGACGAAGCCUCUGCGCAACGAGGACGCUCGAUGCAAAGGAAAUACAAUUCUGCGGAGCCAGAGCCGAUGGCGUAUGGCGGCCGGGGCUCGAUUUUGUCAUCAACACAUAACCCAUCGCCGCUACCGCGGAGUUUUGGAGAGGAGGGACAUGCUGCGGGGGCCAAGGAUGGGGCCCAGACCCAGGGGCACACAAAACCGGAAUCACAGGCCGAUAGCGGAAAGGACCUCACAGAGCGUUCUAGCACGCCGCGGGAGCAUCGGGACUAUUUUACCGGCAACCGGCAACGGUCCGUUUCUCGCGGGAGGAGCGGUAAAACUUCGAUGGAGUUGGCAUCACGGCAGAACGCUCAGCAGAAAACAACCAUCACUACCGUCACCGAGCAGCCAGCACACGGUCUUCCUCUCGUUACUAACGGUGGAAACUACAACACCGCACCCCUAACUGACGGGGACAGACACCCACACACCCACGAGAGUGAACAAAACGCAAACCCCCAACCACCCAUAUCAGACUUGUCUCCAGCUCCGCACACCAAGCUUAAGCGGGCAAAUGACGACCUGAAGGGUGUCGGUUCGGCUUUGGGACCUAUCAGUAUCGGCGACCGCGACGCGAAUCGACAGCACGAGAUCAACAUUGAUGAGGAUUUGAGCUCGGAGUUUGAGAAGGGCCUCGAAGAAGUCCCAACUGCCAACGACAGAAAAUAA